UAUAGGACUGGUUUCCGCAAACGCAGUUAAGGAACAGUAGAAGAUACAAUUUCGGUUGUUUUCUUUUGUAAUCUUUAUUAAAUCAUGCUGUAGUGGGUUUUUUUUAAGAUAACAAACAAUAUAACAGAAUGAGAUUUAGGUUUUGUGGUGAUCUUGACUGCCCUGAUUGGGUUCUUGCAGAAAUUAGUACAUUAUCAAAAGUGACUUCAGUAAAGAUCAAAUUACUCUGCAUACAAGUCAUUAAAGAUCUACUGGAUGUUGGUAUAGAUUAUGAUAAGGUCUACAAACUAACUGCUGAUGCUAAAUUUGAGACUGGAGAUGUCAAAGCCAGUGUCGCUGUUUUGUCUUUUAUCUUGUGUUCUGCUGCCAAGUAUAAUGUGGAUGGUGAAUCACUGAGCAAUGAACUACAACAGUUAGGUUUACCCAAAGAACAUGCUACAGCACUAACAAAAUCCUACAGUGACAGUUUAGAAAAAUUACAGACUCAACUUAGAAAACAUAGUCUGAGGUUGUCACAGUUAGACUCAGUUGAAUGGAGAGUAGACUACAUAUUAAGUUCUAGUCACUUAAAGAGUAUCGAUGAACCUUGUGUACAACUAAGGUUAAAGGUCAGGGAUCCAAAUACAGAUAAUGUCAAACCAGUCACAUUUACGGUCACAGCUGAUAAAUUCAGGAUUUUGUUAAAUGAGUUGAAGCAGGCAGAUUCUUUGAUGGAGAACUUAUCAAGCUGACAAAGACAAAGAAAAGGAUAUGUUUUAAAUUAAUACUCAGAAAUUAUUGAAUGAAUACAUUGUCUAAUUUUGUACGUACAGUUUAGAUAAAUUACUGUGUGUCCAAUACACUGAACUUUUUUAUUUGAAAUGUAUGAUUAUGUAUGCUUUUGUAAUUAAUUUUGCACAGUUCUAAAACUCAUACCAAGCACAAACUUUGUGAAUUCAAUAUGGAAUUCCAAAUUAAAUCAUCAUAAAUACCAGGAUUAAGAUUUAAAUUUUGUAUGCCACCAUUUUGAAGUUCUGUAAUUUUUAUGUCAUUUCAUUAAUUAUUUCAUUUAUAACUGUAAAUUCAGAAAUUAUUGUGUGCAUUAAUUAUUGCGAUUUCGUCAUUUAAGAUUAAAAUGCAAUUCAAAUUUUUGCGAUAUUAAGAAAAUUCCUGUUUAAUUCAUUUACAAUAAUGCCAUUUUAACCCUAUCCCAUUUUUGGCAAUAAUAAAAACAUAGCAAUAAUUUCUGAAUUUACAGUAUAUAAUGAUUAAUAGUAUUCAGGUGAUCCUAUGAAUCAGAAUUGUUCUAAUUUCAUUAAAUAGAUUAAACUAUGUAAUGAUUUCUUUGUAUCUUAUUUGUCAUAUUUUGCCUUUUAAAAUCACAUUCCUGAAUAUAGAUUUAUAUCCUUAUGAAAUGUUUUAGUAGUAUAUGUACAUGAUGUAUGCUACUGUUAUUGUUAAUCAAACAAUUAUUAUGCUAAAAUUUUUACCUAAGUAUAUUUCAGAGAUAAAAAUAUUUUAAAUGAU